GGGAACUGUCUGUGUCCCUGCAGCUUUGAUGGCUGCCCGGAAGCGUGAAGGCUGGGAGAUCGCUGCUGGCAGCUGAGGCACCCUCUCUCCAGCGCUAUGGAUUGUCUUCCGAGCCUAGCCCGGCUCCUGCCCCGAGCUGUGGGGCUGCCGCAGCGAGCCCUGGGCGCGCUGGUGCCGGCCCGGCCCCCCGGAGCCCUCCCCAGUGCCUCCUCCCUCGGGGCCCGGGUCGGAGUGCCGCUCCCUGGAUACAGCCGAACCGGGCUGCCCCGGAGUACUCGGCUCUGGCAGCUUUGCGAGCCCCGACGCCCCAGCGUAUCAGGUGAAGUUCCUCGACUCAGUACUUCUGAUGCUUCCCAAGCCACCUUAGCUAGUGUAGCACCAGUGUUUACUGUGACAAAAUUUGACAAGGAAGGAAAUGUUUCUUCUUUUGAAAGAAAAAAAAUAGAAUUAUACCAGGAAUUGGGUCUUCAAGCCCGAGAUUUACGAUUUCAGCACUUAAUGAGUAUCACAACCAGGAACAAUAGGAUUAUCAUGAGAAUGGAGUAUUUGAAAGCUGUGAUAGCUCCAGAGUAUCUUCUGAUACUAGACUAUCGUAAUUUAAAUUGGGAACAGUGGCUAUUCCGGGAACUUCCUUCACAGCUGGCUGGAGAGGGCCAGCUUGUCACAUACUCCUUGCCCUUUGAGUUUAGGGCCAUAGAAGCUCUUCUGCAGUAUUGGAUCAACACCCUUCACGGGAAACUUAGCAUUUUGCAGCCUCUCAUCCUUGAGACUCUGGAGGCUUUAGUGGACCCCAAACAUUCAUCAGUGGACAGAAGCAAACUGCACAUCUUACUACAAAAUGGCAAAAGCUUAUCAGAAUUAGAAACGGAUAUUAAAGUUUUCAAAGAGUCAAUUUUGGAAAUACUAGAUGAAGAGGAAAUGAUGGAAGAACUCUGUCUAACCAAAUGGAGUGAUCCUGAAGUCUUUGAGAAGAGCAGUACUGGAAUUGAUCAUGCAGAAGAGAUGGAACUGCUUUUGGAAAACUAUUACAGAUUAGCUGAUGAUCUCUCCAACAAAGCUCGGGAGCUCAGGGUAUUGAUUGAUGACUCAGAAAGUAUUAUUUUCAUCAAUCUAGACAGCCAUCGUAAUGUGAUGAUGAGGUUGAACCUGCAGUUGACCAUGGGAACCUUCUCUCUUUCACUUUUUGGACUAAUGGGAGUUGCCUUUGGAAUGAAUUUGGAGUCCUCCCUUGAAGAGGACCAUAGAGUGUUUUGGCUGAUUACAGGAAUCAUGUUUAUGGGAAGUGGCCUCAUCUGGAGGCGCCUGCUUUCGUUCCUUGGUCGACAGCUAGAAGCUCCUUUACCUCCUAUGAUGCCCUCUUUACCUAAAAAGCCUCUCCAAGCAAGUGGAAGAACUGAGAUGAAAAAUAGUCUCAGGUCAGAUGGCCUUGGGUCAAGCAGAAGUAUCCUAACAAACCGAUAGGAACAGCAAGAAAUGGCUGAAAUCUUGUUUUUGGUGGUUGACAUAAGAAGCUUCUGACACUAUUUUAAUUUAUUAUCUUUUAAUAAAAAUUGAAGACUUGAAAAAUUAUUGUGGUUAAAAUAUAACCACUGAAUAUCAAUAUGCUAUGGCAAUCUUAAGACUGGGAUAUUAGUUCAUAAAGUCAGAAUUCAGAGUGCAGGAACAAAGUGACAUAGUCCUGCUUGUCGUCUUGUUUUAAGUGGCCAAAAUCUUGUUUUAACUACAUGUUCACAGAGCUGUUGUCAGCGGAGGGCUUUUCAUUGGUAUAUGGAAUGUAGGAGUGUUAUUUGGAGGUACGGAACAAAAAGGGCUGAAUUUGGCACAAAAGUAGACCAUUCACUAAAUUUAUUAUAUUUAGCUUUUACAUAAUACAUUCUAACAUGUUCAUAUACCAAAAUAGUGUAUGUCCAUGCUUGCACAUGCACAUUGUUGUGAAAUAGAGUAAUAUUAAUUUUUAGUAUAAUCAGGGGAUCAAAAUUGUAGCUUAAGUCUAGAAUCUUAAGAGUGGAGUAAUAGAAGAGUUUUGAAUAUAUACCAAGAAAGAGCAGAACUACAUGACAUUUCAAAGGUUUCAAGACAUUUCAUACUUUAUUACUGUAAUUAUUCUUGGAAUAUUUAAGUUCACACAUUAUUCAUGUAGUAGAAACCUUGAUUAACAGGAAUAGGUAGCAGUCUGGUUAACUCAGAGUUAACCAAAGAAACAUUUUUGUUUCGGCCUUUUUUGAGAAACUUUGCAAAAUGCAGUGGUCUACUUUUUUGCCUUAAAAGAGAAUAGGCUCGGGGCAGCUAGGUGACACAGUGGAUAGAGCACUGGCCCUGGAUUCAGGAGGACCUGGGUUCACUCAGACACUUGACACUUACUAGCUGUGUGACCCUGGGCAAGUCACUUAACCCCAGUUGCCUCACCAAAAAAAAAAGAGAGAGAGAGAAUAUGCUCAACAUAAUUGAAUUUUUAAGUUUAGGGUUUAUUUUGUAUAUACUUACAUGUACAUGUUGUCUCCCCUAAAGAACAUAAGGUCAUUGAAAAUAGGAAUUAUUUCCUCUGCAUUUGUAUCCCCAGGCCUAGCAGUGCCUGACAAAUAAUUGGUGCUUAAUGUAGGCUGACCCAAAAGGUUUAGUGCAAUUGUAAAUCUUAAUAGCUACUAUGGCUUAUAACUGCACUAAGACUUUUGGGACAUCCGGUAAAUGCUUGUUUGAUAGUUCUGGGGAAAAAAAUGAUUGUCUCUAUAUAAUACUCUAUAAGAUAGAGAUAAUUUGGGGGGGUGGGAAAUCUGUGCUAAGCCUAUGACAUUUAAGUACAUACUAUGUAUGUAUAGGGCACUAUGCUAGUCUAGACACUGGAGAUAUAAAGAUUAAAAAUGACAGCCCUAGCUCUCAAAAAGCAAUCUAGGGGCGGCUAGGUGGCGCAGUGGAUAAAGCACCGGCCCUGGAUUCAGGAGUACCUGAGUUCAAAUCCGGCCUCAGACACUUGACAUGUACUAGCUGUGUGACCCUGGGCAAGUCACUUAACCCCCAUUGCCCCACAAAAAAAAAGCAAUCUAAAAAUGUUCUUUUAAUAAUCUUACUCCUGGGGUGGGGGCGGGAGGGAGUGUAGAGAGAAUGGAGCAGGAUAACCAUUCUGCUUAGCUAAAGAUUCCUAGUAUUUAGGUUUCAAUUGAUCAGAUUUUUUUUUCUAGUGUUAGAGGGGUCAAACUCAAGGCAAAACUCCUGCGUGUACCAAAUGUAAUUGGGAAGUGUUUAAUACAUUAAAUAAAAAGACAGUUCGACAUAGAUAAUAUUAAUUUGUGGUUUUCUCUAAGUCAGUAUGCCAGGCCAGGGAUCCAUUUCUAUCUGAGCUCAGUACCAGUAUUCUAGUAUACCUUUUGUUGUUGUUGUUUGUUUUUUUUCUAGUGUAGAGCCCACAAAACAUGAUUUUACAUAACGAUGUUAUAGUAUUUAUGUGGUCUCUGGAAGUCAAGCCAUAGUGAGAACAAUAGUGGAAAGCACCUUGUAGUCAAUCCUGGCCCAGGCCUCACUGGCUCUGUGGCCAUAGCCAAGUCACGUGACCUCUCUGAGCUUCAGCUUCCUCAAAUGAAAAAUGGGAAUGAUGAUAACUUCCCUUCCUGCUUCAUGAGGAUUAAACGAAAUAUGUCAGAGUACUCUGAAAACAAAUGUCCUUCAUAAAUAUAAUGUCAUACAGUCAUGAAGAUGUAGCUCCCCAAUACAUGGUAGCCCGAAAGAACUACUGAAUGCUAACAAUAGUUACACUUUAGCCAACCAGUGUCAUCCCUGUUUUACCUACUUGCUAUCAAUUAUCCAGUCUUAUGUUUACUACCAUCUCCAUGCCAUGUACUCAUGGCUCAUUAAUGGAAGGAAAUCCUUUUAACACUUGGAGGAGUCCUUUGCACUUUUUAAAGAAAGUUAGAGACUCUAUAAUCCUUACAUAUGAGAAAACUGUGGCUCACAGAAGUAAAAUUGACUUGCCCAGGUUCAUUCCACAUCAGAGGCAAGACUAGAAUUGAGGCCUCUUAGCUCCAGAGCCAAUGUCCUUUCCAUCAUACCAUGUGAUCUCUUCCUUAAAAGUUAUUCUGGGGGUGGCUAGGUGGCGCAGUGGAUAAAGCACUGGCCCUGGAUUCAGGAGUACCUGAGUUCAAAUCUGGCCUCAGACACUUGACACUUACUAGCUGUGUGACCUUGGGCAAGUCACUUAACCCCCAUUGCCCCACCAAAAAAAAAAAGUUAUUCUGCACAAAAUUUAAGUGUAAGAACCUUGUAAUCCAAGAUGUGUCUCCAUGUUUGGAGAGGAGGUGGAAUUUUGUGGUUUAGGGAACUCACGGUGAGUCAACUUUCUCUACUGAUGUAGAUUUUAUGAAGGAAAAGAUCGGUAACGUAGGGAAAUGACAUUCUAUGUUACUAACAUCUAUAACUGCAUAAGCUGCCAUACUUCAGCUUGAUUCAACAGAUGAUUUGUAAAGUAGUCUGGAAAUCACAGUACCAUGAUUUAAGCCCAUCUUUAAGAUUAGCACAAAUGGAAGAUGCCACAGAUAGUGCCUAACAGUCCAGAACAGUUUUUGUACUAUGGCUUUUGUCCUAAAACAACAAAGCUGGAUAUCAUUGAGAGACCGUGGUGGUUACUGGGUCAUCUGGAAGCAGGCUAAGCUCUCUCUGGCUAAUCAAUUGGGGGAAAAAAGUCCUUCAAGGAGCCAAGAGAUUUGACAGGAAACAGUUGAGUUUGAGUUGAUGUUCUCAUUCUUAAAUAUACUAUUAGGAGGAAGGAACCUAUGGGGAAUUCUAAUGAGCCACUGAAUCUGCAGGAUAGAAAGGAUUUGUCUUAGGUGACCAGCAUGCAUACUUUGCCUUUGGAAUCAUGGAGAUUUCUAGAUGAGGGGAUAGCAAGGCUGAUUAACUCCUUCCCUUUACCCAGCCUCUUGUAGCAUUUGAGAAGUUUGGGGUUAAUUUGAACAUCUUCAAUACUUGAAUACUUUGAUUUCACAGGAUACUUUCCACUGGCAAACCUCAAAGCAUUUGGCAGGUUUGGUUUUUUUCUUUCCCUUUAGAUUUGGGAUUUCUUUCCUUUUUUAGCAAUGGGGUUAAGUGACUUGCCCAGGGUCACACAGCUAGUAAGUGUCUGAGGUCAGAUUUGAACUCACGUCCUUCCUGACUCCAAGGGCUGCCCCAAGACUUGGGAUUUCCCUAGAGUAGGGAACUCCUUCCUGGUAAGGAAACUCCCUCUACUACCACAGACUUGCAACUGUUUUUCAAUUCAUGAUCUUAAGAGAGUGGCCUGGGUGACAGAAAGGGGUGACUUGCUCAAGGUCACACAGCAGGGAUGCUGGUAGGAUGGUAGGAUUUUAGUCUGGGCCUUCCUGACUUCAAUACCAAUUCCCCUAUCUACUCUGCCAUGCUAUGUCUCUUUAGGUGUCUUUAUUCUCGUGAAAUAAGCAACAAGUGUACCAUGUUGUUAGCUGGAGGAAUUGGAGUCUAGAGAGUUGAAUUUAUCUAUCACAUAGCCAGACUCCUGUAACAGAAAUGGUGCAGAUCUCAGACCCUUGCUAGUUUUUUUCUAUUUGAUAAUUGAUUAUGUCUGUGACUCUUGAUUUUUUUUUAAGAGCUUUUUGCUGAUUCAUAUUCUCUAGGUAGGGAAAAUUUCAACUACCUCAUAAGAUUAAAGAGGCAGAUUAAUUUUUUAAAAACUUUUGGAGGUUUUCAGGUUAAGCUAUUUAUUUCAAAGUUCUCUAUUAGUCCACCUUGAAAAGUGUUUGGCAUGCCAUGAUUCAAGUUUCCUAGUAAUGAGCUCAUGCCAAAAAGUGAUACUCUUAAAAAUGAACUUCUAAAGCACAUUAAUUAGCCUCUCAACCUGAGAUGGUAGAAAGCCAAACAGUAAAUGUGAAAAAGGCAAGCAUUGUGAUUAACCCUGACAACAAGAAAUAUCAUGUACAUAUAUAACCUAUAUCAGAUUGCUUUCUGUCUUGGGGAGGAGGGAGGGAAGGGGGUGUUGGAGAAAAAUUCGGAACUAAAAAUCCUAUGAACAAAUUUUGAAAACUAU